AGGCUCGGACAGAGGAUUGGCUGUGCCGCCGCUCGGGAGCGCUUUCUCUGGGGAACCUUGGCUGUGACCGAGGUGGCCCGGGCUGGCUCGGGGCUGCGUGCGGCCGGCCUCGGGCAACCAGCAUCCACAAUGGGCACCCCAGCCUCUGUGGUGAGCGAGCCACCCCCCUGGCAGGCCCCAACUGAGGCCCGGGCACGCAAGCAGGCCUCAGCCAACAUCUUCCAGGAUGCCGAACUGCCACAGAUUCAGGGCCUGUUCCAGCGCAGUGGGGACCAGCUGGCUGAGGAACGGGCACAGAUCAUCUGGGAGUGUGCAGGGGACCACCGUGUGGCGGAGGCCCUGAGAAGGCUGCGCAGGAAGAGGCCCCCAAGGCAGAAACCCCUGGGCCACUCGCUACACCACUGCAGCCGGCUCCGACUCCCGGAGCCCCACUCUCCACUGGCAGACCCAGAGAGUAGUGCCACAGAGACAGCCUCCAGCGAGCAGUAUCUGAGCUCUAGGAGGACAAGUGCCAGGAUCCGCCGGAACUGGAGGAAGCCAGACCCCACGGGCUACCUCCACCAGAUCAGACACUGACACAGAAAAGGGGCCAGGAAUGGCAGUACCUUCCCCAGGAAUCAUAGGGACUUUUGCCAGAGGGUCUGGGGAGGCCAAGGGAGACUUGAGGCAGGCAGCCCUUCCUGGGUAAGUGAAAGGAAGAGACCACUACUGCUGCCCUGCUCAAUUGAGAACAGGACUGGAGGCUUCCACUGGGCUCUGUGUUACAUGGGGCCCACUCCUCACCAUAAGGAGAGAAUAAGGAGAAACAGCAGCUGUUCCUGCCUCAGCCCUUCCCACUCUAACACUACACCUGGACUGCAUAAUGUUCCCCUGGGAGUCAAUGAUGGGCACUGAGACACAGCAUCUCGCCACUUCUGCUACUAUCUGCCUAUUGCUACUGUAAACCCAUGGUCCAGCAGCCUGUCCCACCCCCCUACACCAUAAGGCCAGCACAAGAAAACUGUGGUUUAAGUGGCAAAUAAAAACAUUUGCAUCAA